UGAAUUAUCGGCGGACUUCCCCUUUGCUUUCUAUUUCUAUUAUAGGCAAAUUGACGAUGAACAUCGCAAAUGAGGAAUUUUCAUUUUCAGUUCACAAAAUCUCAAAUCCCCAAAACAUGUUCCCGCCCAUGAAAAAAAAUUCCCCCGCUUAAUCAAAAAUGAAAAAUUCAAUUUCAUGCUCACCUAAGUCACCUCCAUUUCCCACAUUUCACUCCUUCCUCUUCUUCUAUGGUGACUUCAACCCAGAACCCAGAACCAGAAAUCCACCCAAAUUCAUUCUCUCUCCUUUGACCAAAACCGUCCUGUAAGACCAUUAUCACAUCUUCUUCCUCCUCUUCAUUGAGGGAAUGGUGGGAACCUCACCCGAUAGUUUCACCAAAACAAUAUGCUCAAUAUGUUACGAAGAUCUAAAACCCAUUGUUGAAGACCUUCAAGCUAUCUCCAUUUGCGGCCAUGUCUUCCAUGAACUCUGUUUACAGCAAUGGUUCGAGUACAGUAAAGGGACGAGGAAGCAGACAUGUCCAGUAUGCAAGCAGGGUUGUACCCAGAAAAGCGUUGGUCGUCUUUAUUUUCAAUCAAUUGGGGAUCCAAUUUGUUCUCAAUCUCAAAUUGAUACCCAGAAACGCUCCAACUACGGCAACGAUGAAUCCCCAGAAUUGUUACGCCUGGAGGUUAAAAGAUUAGAAGCUAAGGUUUCUGGGCUUAGUUCUGCUUUAGAUUUGCAUCAGAAUGACGCUAAAGAACUCACUUGUAAGCUGCAAAUAUGCAAUGAACAGUUAUCCAAAGAAGUAGUAUUAAAGAAUGAGGCCUUGAGGAACAAGGAGUGUAUCCAAUCAAUGCUUCAAACAAAGUCUACUGAUCUAGUUAAAUCGAAUCUGGAAUGCUCAAAGUUGCAAGAGAGGAAUUUGGCGUUAAUCAAAGAGAUUGCUGCCCUAAAACUGGUGUCUGAUUGUAAUCUGGAUGAAGAAGAGAUUGUGAAGCUUGCUACAGUGGGUCGUGAAAACAAUGCCCAAGAUGCAAUUGAUGUACUCAAGAAGUCGUUGGUCAUUCGUAACAAGAGCUACAAAGAACUGAUGGCUAAGUGCAAUUCUCUGGGGAGGGGAGAAGCUCGUUCACUGAGAAAGCUUGAAAAGGCAAAAGAAAAAAUUGUAAAGCUCAAGACAAGAGUUCAGGAACUGGAGAUUGCUGUCGAAACAAAAGACAAUGAAUUAUUAAGGUCCAUAAAACCGUCCAAGAAAAAACAUAGUGAUGAUGUAACCUUGCCAAGCGUCAAUAAAAGCACAGAGCCGUCAUCUGUUUUCAAACAUUCAACUGUUGAGCAAAAGGGAAAAUCCCCAACUUCAGUGAUUGAUUUGGAUGAAGAGGAUAGUGUAAAUCCUUUUGUGGUUAAGGGAACAAAUAUAAAAGAUGACACUGUGAAUUUCAUAGGUCAUGGUGGAACACUUCCACACAAGGAAGUGAGACAUUAUGACUACUUAAUUCAUGACGAGGAUGAGCCACAGAAGGCUGAUAGUAGCAAGGAUAGAUAUGAUCAGAAGUGUAAAUCAUCAGAGCCUGUCAAUUGUGCUAAUAAGGAGGACUGGAUGCAUCAACCAGAUAACCAAUUUGGAUUGUUUGGUUCAGCUGGCAUAAGGAAUGAAAUGCUCAAUGAUCAUCUUGCUACAAAAGAAGCUUCUGGGUUGCUUCUUCGGGACAUCAAACAAGUUCAACCUUCAUUUACGUCCAAUGCAGAAACCUCUUCUCCAAUUCCUCUUGCUGAGCCAGGAGAUCGAUGUUUUACCGGAGGGUUGCUUGGACCGGAUGGAGCUAACAGGUACCUGGGAAAAUGGUGCAAGCGGCCACAGAACAAGAAACCACUGGGAUCAUGUAGUGAUACUGAUACUUUGAUUGCUGAGGGAGCAGAUGGAAGGGGUGGUAGGGUUAAGGUUCUGAGAUCUCUUAACCUGGCUACUACGGAUGCAAGGGACAACAUUGUUUCAGCAAAGAGAUUCAAGUCCGGAACGAAAUCAAACGGCUUGCAGUCUCAAGGGUGUCUUCAGAUAGACCAUUUCUUUAGGAAGGCAAACAGCUAAGUCAUACAAAUUUUCUUUCUGUACUGGGAAAUGAAUACAAUCUGUAGACAUCAAACCGCGAGGGAGGCUCAACCAAUCUCAUCCUUGUGUGAUACGACGUAAUUCAAAGAAUCAAACCAAAAAGAAAAGCUAGGGCGCGCAGAUGUGGUGUUAGGUCAUUGAUGUAUACCAGACAGAUUAGUUAUUGUGAUUAGUAACCGUUUUUUGUUUAGCCAAAUUCGUAGGUGCAGCCUAAAUGUUCCAAAGGGGUGGGGUGGUGGAAGGUGAUAAACUGUUGUCUUGUUAUGCUUCCAUUGGAGUUGGGUGUCUUACUUUUGGUGGGAAUCUUGCGAUUUUGUAUGUACAUAGCAAUUGACUAAUGCUCUAACGUAGUAACGUAGUCCCUCUGCAUUCA